AAAAACGUAUAAAAUAUACAUUACGCACCGAUAGGGUGCAAAUACGGUCGAGGAAUCGAAUCCAAACACGCCUUUAUUAACAAGUUCGUUCCAAUCGUUCCUUUCUUCUGUUUCCUUUGUUUCCUCAGCAGAUGGGCACGCCCAACCCCAAACCAUGUCUCCAUUACCAAACCCCAUAAGCACCAACUUCUGUCCGUCGAACUCUGCAUUCCCACCACCUGAUCUAAUCCUAGCCUCUCUUUCUCUCCUCUUCCUCUUCUCAUCCUCCUUCAAACCUCACCUUCCCAAUCUCAAAACCCCAUCCCAUCUCCCAUCCUCUUGUUCUCAAACCCCACGCCGUCUGUUCUUCCUAAAAAGCCCCUCCCUCCCCACCAAAAUUACAGCCAUGUCCAAAAACCCCGCCCUCCAAUUCUCAUCCCCACAAUCUUUGUCCGACUGGCUUAAACCGCGCCUUCCGUACGACUCCCUUUCCUCCUGGGGCGUCAGGUCCGGCACCAAGAACAUCCACAACCUCUGGCUCGAGCUCUCCGAAGGUGAGACCUCCCUUUCCGACGACUCCCCUCCAAUCCGGACCGUCCACGUGGCCACCAUCCGAAUCCGCGACGCCAGCGGGAGGAGGAUCCUCAUUGAGUCCCACCAAGAGCUCUCCGACGGCUCCGUCCGCCCCCGCCUCCGACCGCUAUCUGAGAAGAUGAAGCCCGGCGAGGCCGUCGAUGAUGCCAUACACCGCGCCAUCCGUGAGGAGCUCGGCUCUGUGGUUCCAGAUGCCUCCAGCAGUGUUCGGAUAGUUCCUGGUUCGUACAAGCAGAAAGUGGAGGAGCGACCCUCGGCAUCGUACCCUGGUCUCCCGGCUUGCUACAUCCUCCAUUCCGUUGAUGCAUGGGUCGAUGGGUUGCCGGAUGGGGAGUUUUGUACGGAGGAGGAGGAGUAUGGGAAUUUUGGGGAGGCAGAGUUCGCAGAGAAGGCAGUCUCCGUCAGGAGGCAUUUCUGGAAAUGGGCCGAUGACAAUUCAGAUGGCUUGGUUUGAAUUGGGUGAGUUUGAGAUCAUUCCCAAUCCUUUUUCUUCACCCCUUUUAUGGGGCGGUUUUAUUUGUGAGUUUUAAUGCAGUUUUUUUUUUUUUUCCCUGGAGCUGCUGUAUUAUUUCUGAAGCUGAUUCUACAGAAACUUAAUUAAUGAUUUUGGCACGUUUGGAUGCUCUAUCAAACUGAAUUGGAUAUGGAAGAAAUAAACAAAGUAGGUGUGGUGCCAUUUGAAUUCAUAACAAGGACCAAGUUCAUAAUUUCAAUCAUUAUGGAGUGGGACUAACCCCCACAUUGUUCAUUUCCAUUUUAUUUAACUAGUCAUUGCGGUUCAGUUAAACUGUGUAUCCAAACAGAACCUUGGUCUUUCUGACCCAUUAAUGGGUACUUUUGGUUUUCUGAUUCUCAUCCUCAGUGUAAGUGAUAUGAAGUUGAUCUUCUAAUGGUUGAUACUAUCCCCAAUUCUGAUGGGGAAGCUUCUGCUUGACUUGAAAUUUCUGUAGAGAUAUUCUCAAUAUUCCUUUGAUUAGCUAUUGAAAGCAAUCUAAGCAUGGAGCUUGAA